AUGCCGGUCUAUGGCCCUCCUAGCCCAGUUUACGGACCACCAACACAUCAUAUUGGAGUAUACGGUCCACCUCAUCACAAAUUACCACCUUUGGUAGCUCACGAGUACUACGAACCGGAACCACCUUCAAUUAUACCGGAUUUCUUACAUAACCUAGUUACACCUCAUGCUUUCCUCGGAAUUUUAGACAAGAUCAAAUGGUUUAAACUAGAUCUCUUCACAAUCGGGAAAUUAAUCUUAAAAUUCUUUAUUUUCAAGAAAUUCUUAGCUUUUUUCACAAUUUUAUUUUUACUGUUGAUAAUUCCGAGUCUAAAACACAAGGGUAAAGAAAGUGUAGGCAUGAUGACUGCCAUGGUUGAUAAAUUUGGUCAAUCAGAUGAUGAUGACGACGAUGAAGAAGAUGAUGAUAAUCAUAACAAAAGAAAAAAGAAACGUAAAGGCAAAAUGUUGAUUGAUAAAGCCACGGAAAGUCUAAACGCGUUAACCUCACACGUAUUGGAAUCCAUUGAGAAUUUCGAGCAGAAAUUCAACAAAAACCAAACGCAAACCAAACUUCCAUCAACGAUAGUAGCAACUGAUUUGAAUCAACUGUCAAAUUCACAGAAAACGGAUUGCGGUGCCAACAAUACAAGUAUUUAUUGUAAGAGUCAGAGCGUAAUCGAGAAAAUCAAGACAAUAAUGCCUGCACGAGAGGAAGAAACGAAGAAAACCACAAAUACUACUAAAACAUCAACAACAACAACAAUGACAAAACCAACAGUAAAUCGUGUUGUGAAUCUGACAAGUAAAAGUCAAUUGAGGCCCGUGAACAGUAAAAAUACGAGUAAAACCAAUAGUACAAUCUCCAAAAUUAAAAAAUAG